GUCUUGUAUUCCGCAUCUAAACAAUAAAUAAGAAUUGAGGUUAUAUCCACAGAACAGUUUCUGCACAAUUUCUUGUACAUAAAAACAUCGUAAAAUAAAGACUUAAUUCCUUGCGAGGACAGCUAAAUAAGUAGUUAAUUGCAUGGUAAAAUCUAUUAAGAGAGUGUUAGAUAAAAGAAUGGGCUUCAAGUACCUGCUAAUUAUUGACUUUGAGUCUACCUGCUGGGAAGGACGAGUUGACCACUUCAACAGAUGGGAGAUAAUUGAAUUUCCAGCAGUUCUGCUCAAUUUGGAAACAGGUAAAAUCGAAAAGGAGUUCCAAAGGUAUGUCUUCCCCACGGAGAACCCAAAACUAAGCGCCUUUUGCACAAGACUGACCGGAAUAACUCAGGACCAAGUGGACAAUGGAGUACCACUCUGCACUUGUUUGAUGCUGUUCACCAACUGGGUGAAGGAGAUCCUCAAUGAGAAGGGGCUUACUUUCCCCAAUUGCAAUCGGGAUAAUCUUCAUGGCGACAUUGCCCUUGCAACCUGGACAAAUUGGGAUUUGGGACUGUGCCUCCGGCUUGAAUGUUCCCGGAAGAGGCUAAAAAAACCAUCUUUUUGCAAUCAGUGGAUCGAUAUCAAGAAAUCAUUUGAGGAUUACUUUGAUUAUAAGCCAACAUCAUUCCAAGAUGCAUUGGAUUUUCUUGGCAUUGAAUUUGUGGGACGACCGCACUGUGGUCUCGACGAUUCCCGGAAUGAAGCCAAAUUGGUGGCAUUCAUGCACCAGAACGGAGCCACAUUUAAGAUCACAUCUAAUUUACUCCCUCCCGGCAAAAUGAAUUUUAUGUUUUAGUUGCUAAAAUUCCUAUUUAUAUAAAUUAUUAAAACUACGUAGUGUCUUGCAAUAGUGAAUUUAUUAUUUUAAUUUAUUUUCGCUAUUGAACAUGCUCAUAUUUUGAAGUUUAUUAAUUACAUAUUAUUCAUUGUUGUAACUCUUCACGUGCUGAAAAAAAACGGCCAUUAUGACGACAUUUUCGUACAAUUUAGUUCUCUCCUCAUAUAACUUUGAGAAUUCAUGAGGUAUUUUA